UGGAAGUCGACAGACAUUAAUGAUACCACACUGCCACUCUAAUGCCCACUGUGAUGAAAAUCUGUGCUCCUGAAUGGUUUGUCUACUAAAUCAAAUCACAAUUUAUUGGUCACAUACACAUAUUUAGCAGAUGUUAUUACGGGUGUAGGAACACAAGCAUUUCGCUAUCUCCAACAGUGCAGUAGAAUCUAAAUACACUACAAUACACACAUCUAAAUGUAAAAUAAUGGAAUUAAGAAGUAUAUAACUGUCAGGAUGAGCAAUGUCAGAGUGGCAUUGACUAAAAUACAGUAGAAUAGAAUACAGUAUAUACAUAUGAGAUGAGUAAAGCAGUAUGUAAACAUUAUUAAAGUGACUAGUGUUCCAUUAUUAAAGUGACCAGAGACUCCAUGUCUAUGUAUAUGGGGCAACAGCCUCUAAGGUGCAGGGUUGAGUAACCGGAUGGAAGCUGAAUAGUGAUGGCUGCUUAACAGUCUGAUGUCCUUGAGAUAAAGCUGUUUUUCAGUCUCUCGGUCCCCGCUUUGAUGAACCUGUACUGACCUCACCUUCUGGAUGAUAGCGGGGUGAACAGGCAGUGGCUCGGGGUGGUUGAUGUACUUGAUGAUCUUUUUGGGCCUUCCUGUGACAUCAGAUGCUGUAGGUGUCCUGGAGGGCAGGUAGGUUGUUGACGCGUUGGGCAGACCGUGCCACCCUCUGGAGAGCCCUGAUGUUCAAAUAAUUACUGUAGGGAGGAGGAACCUGUUUCCCAACACAACAAUACAAUAAGCCACUCUAAUCAGAAACUCAAACAGCAUGCAUGACUCACUCUCAGUGAUGGGGAAAGAGACCAAAAUAUCUCAUCUGAAGCACCUUGUUUUCUGGCAGCUUUUUUGUACCAUAAUUUAUGUUACCUGACAAACAUAUUCUGCAAGAGUCACCAGUUUCUCUGCUUAGGCUAAUUAGCCCCAAAAAAUUAAGAAUUUGAUUUAUAUAACGCUUUACCCGGUGCUAUAACAUAUGCCAAGCACCUUUUUAUCCAAAGCGACUUAACCAUGUGUGCGUAUAUUUUUCAUACGGGUGGCCCCGGGUAUCGAACCCACAACCCUGGCAUUGCAAGUGUCCUGCUCUACCAACUGAACCAUACAGGACCACUAUGGUUGGAAACUUGGCACAAAAGUCAUUUAGGUAAUGUGCUGGUGGACAUGAAGCUUAUCGACAUCAAGGACACUCUGCCUGUAGGUUUUAUUCCCAUCCAGGAGACUGUGGACACACAGGAGCAGGCCUUCCGGAAGAGGAGGCUGUGUAUCAAGUUCAUCCCGCGGGACUCCACAGAGGCAGCCAUCUGUGACAUCAGAAUCCUGGGCAGGUCCAAGCAGGCCCCACCGCAGUACACUUUCAUAGGAGAGCUCAACAACAUGGGGAUCUGGUAUCGCAUGGGUAAGGUCCCACGUGCCCAGGAAUCUUCGCCAACUCCAACCACCAAUAACAUCCAGAACAUCAACUCGACGGCCAACACCACACCAACCCCAGCAGCCCCUCUGCCCAAACAUAUAUCCAUGACACUCCCCGCCAGUUUCAAAAGGCAAACCACUACUAGACCAGAUUUUGAACACCAGAACUCCAACCUGUAUGCCAUAUCAGCAAUGGAUGGAGUUCCUUUCAUGAUCUCUGAGAAGUUUGCCUGCGCUUCCGAUGAUCUGCAGCAGGUGGAUCUGAUGGGCAUCACCAUCAAGUCGCUGACGGAGAUUGAGAAAGAGUACGAGUAUAGUUUCCGCACAGAGCACAGCGCAGCAGCGAGGCUUCCCCCGAGUCCCACACGGAUCUCCCUGGGCUCUGAGGCCUGAGCCACCCCCCCAGUCCCACACAGUUCUGAGCCCCCCAGUCCCACACAGAUCUGAGCCUCUCCCUCUUCCCCUCCAGAGAGACCUGAGCCUCUCCCUCUUCCCCUCCAGAGAGACCUGAGCCUCUCCCUCUUCCCCUCCAGAGAGACCUGAGCCUCUCCCUCCUUCUCCUUCUUCCCCUCCAGAGAGAUCUGAGCCUCUCCCUCCUCCCCUACAGAGAUCUGAGCCUCUCCCUCCUCCCCGACAGAGACCUGAGCCUCUCCCUCCUUCUCCCUCCUCCCCUACAGAGAUCUGAGCCUCUCCCUCCUUCCCUACAGAGGUCUGAGCCUCCCUCAGUCCUCCAGCAGGAGAGGAGGAGAGACUUACACUACUACUACUACUACUACUACUACUGAGAACCAUCCCACACAAACCAAGCCAGAGAAAGAGAGCGACAGAGGAAACUAAUGUCUCCUUCUCUCCCUUUGGCCUGCAUCCCUCCACUCCUCCCUCCACACCUCCCACUACUACUCCCUCCUCGCCUCCCUCCACUCCUCCUUGUCUGCAUCCCUCCACACCUCCCACUACUACUCCCUCCUCGCCUCCCUCCACUCCUUGUCUGCAUCCCUCCACACCUCCCACUACUACUCCCUCCUCGCCUCCCUCCACUCCUCCUUGUCUGCAUCCCUCCACACCUCCCUCCACACCUCCCACUACUACUCCCUCCACUCCUCCUUGUCUGCAUCCCUCCACUCCUCCCACUACUCCUCCCUCCACUCCUACCAAACAAGGUCAUUGGGACAGCUUGGUCCACUGUCCAAAUGGAUGGUCCUUUUUUCUUUUGAAAAAGAAAAAAAAAAAAAUGAACAAACAGAAGUCCUUUGGUUGCCCAGUCGUUUCUUCUUCUUCGUUUUUAAAGUUCAGUACUGCUUAUUUGAGGAGGGAAACGAUCCAUGGGAAAAAGGGACCCGUUGAUGCAUUAAGGUUCCGCAGUGCAUUCAGGAUGGAAAGACCUGUGAACCUGAUGGUUGUGUGAUUUUGGACCCUUGGUGGUUAAGGGAGGAGAGAGAGAGAGCAAGGCUUGCCCAUUCAACCCAUGAACCAUAAUGGCAGAGGCACCAGUUUAGUCUAGAAAUGCACAUUUGAUCCAUCCCUCCUUUCGGGAAACUUUAAAGCGCCCACAGAGACUUGGGGUGGUUGGAACAAACCGUGCUCUAUAAUACCCUAUUGGAUAUAAGCAGUGCGUAACCCGCUGGUCUCGCCUUCGUUCCAUUGGUCGUCUGUGGAUAUUUCUGCAUUAAAGAGCAGCGUAGCCAGUCGUUGACUACAGUCCCCACCCACCUCCCUGUACACUAGAUGUAAGGCCGGGAAGAGGAGCCAGCUUACAUGUCACUGUAAAAUAAAUGUCCCCCAACGAUAUUGAUUUGGACAAGUUCACCAAAUGCUAUGAGGUUGUUCUAUUUCUCUCGUCGUUCUUCCUCUUCGCCUCGGUUGUUUGUGUCACGUUUCAACGGCUCCAUCGUUGUGCUUUCUGGUCUGAGACGCUCCUUGGAUUAAAAUCAGAACCACUAAGUAAAUGGACUGUUACAGUCGGUAAGGUCUUGCCGUUAGCUGGACAACAACACUUUUUUUUUUGUUGUGUGUUUUUUUGUGUGUUUUUUUUUUUUUUCAAAGCCAGAUGUUUGCAUCUGUUACAGUUUCACUGUGGCUUUACUCAGUCUUUUGUCAUGGUUUUAGUAUUUCUUAUCUUUUAAAAGCUGUAUUUUCUAUUUCUUGCGGAAUGAGUUUUGACAGAAAUGUACUGUUUUGAAGGAGCCAGUUACCAAUGAGAGCCCUGUCUUUCUCUAGUCAGGUUACAAUGGCCAGCAUUGUGAAAGUAUUCAUUUGCCACUUUCAUUUUCUUAAUAAUGAACAAAAUUAGAUUUAAGUGUUUUUAAUUACAUGUAUAAUAUGUGUUUUGAACUAAAUGGGAUGUUCUUGUAUCAAGAAGAACACACUUAAUAAUUUGGGCUCAAGUAACGGUCUUUUGUUUCACGCAUAAAGGUGAUAUGUGUGUUCUUCUAAACAGUCUGCAUUUUUUUGUAUUUUCAAAAACGACUAAUUGUAAUUUAAUAAAGUGUUCCUGAUGUUUUGCCUGUCCAUUGGCAUAGGGGGGCUAUAACUAAUAACACCCCCAUCUCCUCAGUUUUCUCCAAACUCUUACACAAUUCCCUCUAAAAAACCUUGGGUUUGUGUUCACCAUAUCAAAAAAAUGUUUUGCAACAGGGAACAACUGAAAGCUGUGUUCAGUUUCAGUACCUUCCGGUUUCAAAAACGGUUCUCUUUCUGUUGAACACGACCCCACCGUACACACUCCAAACUAUCAGGAAACACACAUCUUCUGUGAUAGUGUUUUUUCAAACACUUUAGUCUCUUUUUGUUUGUUUUUGUCUUAUUGCCUCAACUGUGAUCAAACCACUCAUUGAUAUGACUUUUAGUUUGUUGUAGUUGCUUGUCAUUCUUUUACCCACACUUGCUUGAUAUUGAUGGUAUUAAUAUAUUGAGAACGUUUUUUUUUUUUUCCUACAACAGUAUUUGUCUUAAAUGGCGUCCAGAGUUGCUCCUUUACGACAUAAGCCUUUUUAAACACUGCCUAGAAAAUCAUGUCAACUCUGGAGAACCUUUUUUUCAUUUUCUAGCAUUCCUGGUACUGAUGUAUUCUAUCGCUGUAGUUUAAGCAUCCAGUUUUAACAUCAUUUAAUUGAUCUUUCUAUGCUUGGCAGAAGUUGUUUCCUCAGAGCAGCUCUUGGUGCCCUUUUGGGGGGAAAACUGCCCUUUAUUUUCUCUUUUGUCUAAUUGCUCAUUUAAGGUCUGAGGAGUAUUCUGACCCCUCUCUCCCCAGAAUAAUUGACCAAUACAUUUCAGUGUUGUAUUUCUCAGAAAAUCAAAAAAAAAAAAGUCAAAUCAAUGUAAAAAAGAAAGAGAUGGAUUGUGUUAUUGCACUGCCUAUAUAUUGUGAUCAUGCUAAGUAGCUUAGCUAGUUCAACUAGACCAAACGUCCAUUCAAAAACGAUGCUUGUAAAAUGCUCCCACGUUACAGCUUGUUUUGUUCUGCCUGCGUCAUGGUAACCUACACCUGUACUUCUACAUCUGAACUGUGGCGUGUAAAUAUCUUCAGAUGGUCAUGAUAAAAAAAAAAUACAUUGUUAACUAAUAUGAUUUGUCUGUGUAUUAACAUUUUUUUAAUGUGAGAUCAAGUUCAGUCCUGUAUUGUUUUCAACAUGGACUCCUUUUUUAAGACGGCCGCGGAUUCCUUCCAGCUAUGAGAUACUGUUCAACCGGCUGUAGCUCAGCUGGGAUUUGUAGAUAUUUACAUGUUGUUUUGAUUUGCAACUCUUCUCUCCUGGAUGGAGUUUGGGUUAUUCUACUUUGAAUGAUUGUCAUCCCACCAUUAAACAAAACUUAAGUUGACGACGAGAAGCUUCCACCGUUUAUAUUAUUAGUUAAAUCCUCAAAAUGUAUAUUUUAGUGUCAACUAACAAUCGAACCACCCAAACAACGUGAAGCUCUGUACGACCGGAGGUAGAGCCUGUACGAUUUGACGUUUUGUCUUGUCUUCCUGGGAACUCUUCAUUUGUAAAUGCUUGUGAAUUCAUUAUGGCUCUGAGGAUCCUGUUGGUGAUAACUGGUGUUUUAAAAAAGGUCAAUUUUGGACCUAAAAAAAAGCAACAACAAAAAAAACAUGUUUAAACUGAUCAAUGCACGACCAUACCAGGUAAUUUACUGCUUAAACAACAUGGAGAAAUAAGAUAUUUGGCUACAGAAAGGUCUUCUUAUGGAUCUCAACAGCUUCCGUCCAAAAACAAAUCCUGUUAAAUGAUGUCAACACAUACUGGAGGAGUUACUGACAAGCUACGAGUGGCUAGCUUAGAUAACGAACUUGCUACGUCUGGAGGAGUUACUAACUACGAGUAGCUAGCUUAGAUAACGAACUAGCUACGUCUGGAGGAGUUACUAACUAUGAGUGGCUAGCUUAGAUAACGAACUAGCUACGUCUGGAGGCGUUACUAACUACGAGUAGCUAGCUUAGAUAACGAACUAGCUACGUCUGGAGGAGUUACUAACUAUGAGUGGCUAGCUUAGAUAACGAACUAGCUACGUCUGGAGGCGUUACUAACUACGUGUGGCUAGCUUAGAUAACGAACUAGCUACGUCUGGAGGAGUUACUAACUACGAGUGGCUAGCUUAGAUAACGAACUAGCUACGUCUGGAGGAGUUACUAACUACGAGUGGCUAGCUUAGAUAACGAACUAGCUACGUCUGGAGGAGUUACUAACUACGAGUGGCUAGCUUAGAUAACGAACUAGCUACGUCUGGAGGAGUUACUAACUACGAGUGGCUAGCUUAGAUAACGAACUAGCUACGUCUGGAGGAGUUACUAGCUACGAGUGGCUAGGUUAGAUAACGAACUAGCUACGUCUGGAGGAGUUACUAACUACGAGUGGCUAGCUUAGAUAACGAACUAGCUACGUCUGGAGGAGUUACUAACUACGAGUGGCUAGCUUAGAUAACGAACUAGCUACGUCUGGAGGAGUUACUAGCUACGAGUGGCUAGGUUAGAUAACGAACUAGCUACGUCUGGAGGAGUUACUAACUACGAGUGGCUAGCUUAGAUAACGAACUAGCUACGUCUGGAGGAGUUACUAACUACGAGUGGCUAGCUUAGAUAACGAACUAGCUACGUCUGGAGGAGUUACUAACUACGAGUGGCUAGCUUAGAUAACGAACUAGCUACGUCUGGAGGAGUUACUAGCUACGAGUGGCUAGGUUAGAUAACGAACUAGCUACGUCUGGAGGAGUUACUAACUACGAGUGGCUAGCUUAGAUAACGAACUAGCUACGUCUGGAGGAGUUACUAACUACGAGUGGCUAGCUUAGAUAACGAACUAGCUACGUCUGGAGGAGUUACUAGCUACGAGUGGCUAGGUUAGAUAACGAACUAGCUACGUCUGGAGGAGUUACUAACUACGAGUGGCUAGCUUAGAUAACGAACUAGCUACGUCUGGAGGAGUUACUAACUACGAGUGGCUAGGUUAGAUAACGAACUAGCUACGUCUGGAGGAGUUACUAACUACGAGUGGCUAGCUUAGAUAACGAACUAGCUACGUCUGGAGGAGUUACUAACUACGAGUGGCUAGCUUAGAUAACGAACUAGCUACGUCUGGAGGAGUUACUAACUACGAGUGGCUAGCUUAGAUAACGAACUAGCUACGUCUGGAGGAGUUACUAACUACGAGUGGCUAGGUUAGAUAACGAACUAGCUACGUCUGGAGGAGUUACUAACUACGAGUGGCUAGCUUAGAUAACGAACUAGCUACGUCUGGAGGAGUUACUAGCUACGAGUGGCUAGGUUAGAUAACGAACUAGCUACGUCUGGAGGAGUUACUAACUACGAGUGGCUAGCUUAGAUAACGAACUAGCUACGUCUGGAGGAGUUACUAACUACGAGUGGCUAGCUAAGUCUGUCGCAGCGCUCCUUGACCAGAAUGUCACGUCGAUGAACCACCAAAGGCACACCCAAUUUCUGUUUGAAAAUUGAUAAAGACGUGAUGUUAGACCAGUUUUUUUUUGUUUAUUUUUUUAUAUGACAAACCUUGUAUCCCAGUUACAAAACCUAAUCUGUUAGGGAUCAAACCGUUAAAUCGAUAUGGACCCAUUAUUAUUAUUAUUAUGGCAGUCGUAUGUUAAAAUGUUUACCCUGUGUGUCAUUGAGGUGUAUUUGUUUGUGUGUGAUUACACAGAGUACCAACCAAACUACUGGUGACUAAUCCACAGGACCAACCUUUUUAUUGACUGUUUCACAGAAGCAUCCUACAUUUGAUUUCAAUUUCAACCCACUGCUCUUCAUUACUUCCUUCCAUUCUAUAAAUGUUAUUUUUAGUUUUUUUUUUGGUGGUCGGUUCGCUCCCUCAAAUCAUUAGUUAUCAGACAGUGUGCAAACAUGCGGGUUCUCUCAUCUCGGUACCACCCCAGUCGUUUUAAUGGCGACUAGUAAAACAACAGAGAGAGACCUCUUAACUAGCUACUUCAAAACCCACAAGUUACUUUCCUCUCAAGAUGUGUCGGCAACAGAGAAAUCUGGCACGCACAGCCCACUGUCACCAAAUUGUACCUUUAACGGAAGCAAUUUGUCCUUUCCCUGGAUAUAGACUACUUUUAAUCCCAUUUUUUUUUAAUGAGAUAUUUACCAUCUUUAUGAAGACAUUUAAUCAGAAACGCAGAGUGCCUGUCAUGAUGCCAUAUACCUGUCAAGACCUCUGUUGUCUUUGACUUCUGAUUCCUCUCCAUUUUCUUUUUUUGGUCACCAAAAAUAGAAAUCUUCUUUCAUCUUAUCCGAUGUGAGUUUCUGCAGAGAAUGGACUUAGGGUCCCAUGGAAAUGACAUGGAAGUUUGUCAGGCAGACUUUUGCAUGUUGCUUGUAUGCCAGCGUACUGGGUUAAGUGUAAUGGUACCAUGGAUUACUUUAGUCAAUGUCAAGUCAGUGCAUCUCUUCAAAAUGAUAACUAAUUAUAAAGAAAAGUAAUUAUCAUUUGUAUUAAUUUAUUUAACAUUGUCUUUUAAUAUUGACAAAUCAGUGUGCUUGUUUGUUUGUCUGUCUGUAUUAACACAUUUUGAAUAAAACUUUUAAAAAUG